UUGCACAGGCUCCAUACACCGAACAACAGCCGCAACGCAGCCAACCAAGCAUUCGGCUCGCACCGGCUCCAUACAACCAACAACAACAGUCACACAGUCAACCAAGCAUUCGUCUCGCACAGGUUCCAUACAACCAACAACAACAGUCACACAUUCAACCAAGCAUUCUUCUCGCACAGGCUCCAUACAACCAACAACAACAGUAACAGUCAACCAAGCAUUCGUCUCGCACAGGCUCCAUACAACCAACAACAACAGUCACACAUUCAACCAAGCAUUCGUCUUGCAGGCUCCAUACAACUAACAACAACAGUCACAGUCAACCAAGCAUUCGUCUCGCGCAGGCUACAUACAACCAACAACAACAGUCACGCAGUCAACCAAGCAUUCGUCUCGCACAGGCUGCAUACAACCAACAACAACAGUCACAGUCAACCAAGCAUUCUUCUCGCACAGGCUGCAUACAACCAACAACAACAGUCACAGUCAACCAAGCAUUCGUCUCGCACAGGCUGCAUACAACCAACAACAACAGUCACAGUCAACCAAGCAUUCAUCUCGCACAGGCUCCAUACAACCAACAACAAUAGUCACAGUCAACCAAGCAUUCGUCUCGCACAGGCUGCAUACAACCAACAACAACAGUCACAGUCAACAAAGCAUUCGACUCGCACAGGCUCAAUACAAACAACAACAAAAGUCACAGUCAACCAAGCAUUCAUCUCGCACAGGCUCCAUACAACCAACAACAACAGUCACAGUCAAGCAAGCAUUCGUCUCGCACAGGCUGCAUACAACCAACACCAACAGUCACAAUCAAUCAAGCAUUCGUCUCGCACAGGCUGCAUACAACCAACAACAACAGUCACAGUCAACCAAGCAUUCAUCUCGCACAGGCUCCAUACAACCAACAACACAGAACGCAAUCGUCCAAGGUAUAACACAACAACAGUCACGCAGUCAACCAAGCAUUCGUUUUGCACAGGCUACAUACAAACAAAAAUAACAGUCACAAUCAACCAAGCAUUCGUCUCGCACAGGCUGCAUACAACCAACAACAACAGUCACAGUCAACCAAGCAUUCGUCUCGCACAGGCUACAUACAACCAACAACAACAGUCACAGUCAACCAAGCAUUCAUCUCGCACAGGCUCCAUACAACCAACAACACAGUCAACCAAGCAAUCGUCUCGCACAAGCUACAUACAACCAACAACAACAGUCACGCAGUCAACCAAGCAUUCGUUUCGCACAGGCUACAUACAAACAAAAAUAACAGUCACAAUCAACCAAGCAUUCGUCUCGCACAGGCUGCAUACAACCAACAACAACAGUACACAGUCAACCAAGCAAUCGUCUCGCACAGGCUACAUACAACCAACAACAACAGUCACACAUUCAACCAAGCAUUCGUCUUGCACAGGCUCCAUACAACCAACAACAACAGUCACAGUCAACCAAGCAUUCGUCUCGCACAGGCUGCAUACAACCAACAACAACAGUCACAGUCAACCAAGCAUUCGUCUCGCACAGGCUGCAUACAACCAACAACAACAGUCACAGUCAACCAAGCAUUCGUCUCGCACAGGCUGCAUACAACCAACAACAACAGUGACAGUCAACCAAGCAUUCAUCUCGCACAGGCUCCAUACAACUAACAACAAUAGUCACAGUCAACCAAGCAUUCGUCUCGCACAGGCUGCAUACAACCAACAACAACAGUCACGCAGUCAACCAAGCAUUCGUCUCGCACAGGCUACAUACAACCAACAACAACAGUCACGCUGUCAACCAAGCAUUCGUCUCGCACAGGCUCCAUACAACCAACAACAAUACUCAUACAGCCAAACAAGCAUUCUUCUCGCACCAGUUUCAUAUAAUAAGUCAUGCAGUCAACCAAUGUGUCUACCUACAAAACGUCCAACAUAA